CCUAACCACCUCUUUCCCCCCAAUCACUCUCAGGUGAAGGACAUCUCACWGGAGGCCACAGGAGYUUUGUGAAGCCAGCGAGAGACAAUACAUGGCGAGWUGACCAACCAAUCACUGUUGAUGAGGGGAGUGGAACCUCAACCCAGCACGUUAUCGUGAUAGAGUCUGCAGAUGCAGAGGCUGCAGGUCCUGGGGUGAAGCUGGAGGGGUCUGAAGGAGAGGAGGACCCACGGCACAGUAGUGACAUCCAGACUGGAGUGGCUGGAGUGYCCCAUGAAGCCACUGAGGACCCCACCACCGCCCCAGCKCCCCAACGCAGCAUCACGGAGGUCAGUGGAACGCCGAACACCGUCCUCAAGUCAGAGACAGACACAGAGACUUUAACUGUAACACACAGGCACUUCCAUACAGGAUCUGACCACAGUUUAGACCCGGAGAGGCUGGGGCUACUGGGCUGUCCUCCUGCUCCCGGCUCAGAGCACUUUCCGGUAUGUCACCAAAGCCAAAGAACGGUUCAUUACCGUGGAGACGGUGACACGUUACACACUGGUGGUGAUCAGUCUUGUUCUUACGCUACAGACAUGGACCGUGGCAACUUGCCCUUGGGUUUAGAGAGACAGACUGAUCUGUCUAGAGGGGACUGGAACCGGUACAGUAGUAGUGUAUACUCUGAAGGGUGCCUAGAUAAGAAAGGGGAGGGUCUGAUUCUAGAUGAGGUGAAAGUGGAGGCCGACGCUUCUCCCACACGGAAUGCAGAUAGUCACCUAAGAGACGGACACUUACAAGGCGAAGAUUUCUUAGAUUACAGGGAAAACUUAGAGACAAAUCCAAAUGUCGCGACCAACUCCCCUUUACGCACGCUCAGGGAUCGMGACCCAGUGUCCACGUUGAUGGGGCCUUCCGAUUCACACAUCCUUUUCGAUCAGGUAUUGAAUUCAAAGGACCAAAGGGCCAAGGCUCUGGGAGGGGGAGAAACAUCAGGCAAUAGUAAAGAGAAACAGUWCCUCUGCAUGUUCUGUAAGAAAGGCUUCAGCUGCCUMCAGAAGAUGGAGAUCCACCAGAGGGUCCAUACAGGGGAGAAACCCUUCAGCUGUACCCAGUGUCACAUGCGCUUUGCCCAGGCUGGUAACCUGAAAAUCCACCAGAGGGUACACACAGGGGUGAAACCCUUCAGCUGUACCCAGUGUCACAUGCGUUUYGCCCAAGCUGGCAACCUGAAGAUCCACCAGAGGGUCCACACAGGAGUGAAACCCUUCAGCUGUAGCCAGUGUCAUAUGCGCUUCUCCCACUCGUCCAGCCUGAAUAGGCACCAGAGGAUCCACACAGGAGAAAGGCCGUUCGCCUGUACGCACUGCGGGAAGAUUUUCUCCCGAUCGUCCAACCUGAAGAGGCACCAGAGGGUCCACACAGGGGAGAAACCCUACAGCUGCCCCCAGUGUGCAAAGAGGUUCUCCCACCACCACAAUAUGAAGGUGCACCUGAAGGUCCACACAGGGGAGGCAGUUUCCCUGUAUGCACAGCAGGAGUAUGACACUCUCAGGGAGGGUGACAUGUUCAAUGCCGAUAUAGUGAAGUCUGUAGAUGCAGAGGCUGCUGGUCCUGGGGUCAAGCARGAGAGAUCUGAAAGAGAGGAGGAGGACCCACGACACAGCAGAGAGAUCCAGAYUGGAGCAGCCCAUGUAACCACGGAGGUCCCUACCACCACCGCCCCAGCGCCGCCCAGUACCCGACACCCAGAGAGACUAGGGCGGGGGAGACUGGGCUGUCCUCCUGCUCCUGACUCCGAGUAUUUACCGGUAUUUCACCAGAGCCAGAGGACGGUUAAUUCCCGUGGAGAUGGUGAUACGUUAGACACUGGUGUUGAUGAUCUGUCUUGUUUUUACACUACAGAGAUGGAACCUGUCAACAUGCACUUGGGUUUAGAGACCCAGACUGAUCUGUCUAAAGGGGACUGGAACCGGUACAGUAGUAGUGUAUACUCUGAAGGGUGCCUAGAUAAGAAAGGGGUGGUUAUAGUCGUAGACGAAGUGACUGUGAAAGUGGAGGACGACGUUCCUCUGACACUGAAUGCAGACAAGACUCAAUUAGGAGAAGGACACUCACAAGGUAGAGAUGUCUUAGAUUACAGGGAAAGCUUAGAGACUAAUCCAAAUGUUGCGACCCAGUCCCCUKUACACAUUCUCAGGGAUCGCGACAGAGUGUCCACGUCGAUGGGGCCUUCCGAUUCACACGGCCGUGUUGUUUUCGAUCAAGUAUUGAACUCAAAGGACCAAAGAGCCAAGGCUCAGGGAGGGGAAGCAACAUCAGGCAAUAGUAAAGAGAAACGGUUCCUCUGCAUGUCCUGUAACAAAGGCUUCAGCUGCCUCCAGAACGUAGAGACCCACCAGAGGGUCCAUACAGGGGAGAAACCCUUCAGCUGUACCCAGUGUCACAUGCGCUUCGCCCAGGCUGGCAACCUUAAGAUCCACCAGAGGGUCCACACAGGGGUGAAACCCUUCAGCUGUACCCAGUGUCAUAUGCGCUUCUCCCACUCGUACAGCCUGAAGAGGCACCAGAGGGUCCACACAGGGGAGAACUCUACAGCUGCCGAGGAGGRKGGUCCAGAKGUGCUGCUGGUAAAGGAGGAGGGGUGUGAGGAGGGUCUGGGGAACCCUGAGGKGACCAUGGUCAUGGACAAACAAACUACACCWCCUCCUGAACCCAAAGAGGCACCAGCUGAGCAGCACAGGAMCACACACAGUCUCACUGAGUGCCCAGGUUUGGAUGAUGACUUGGUGUCCCUGGACAGCUCCGGGGGUUUCUCAGGUGACAAAGAGGACUUAGUUCCAGGACAGCCAUCUCACGCUACGGGAGUAGCGGGGGAAACCCUGGUAUCCAACGCAUCGUUCAUAGAACUGUGCCGCAAGGUGGCUAUGCGUUUGGAGGUGAAGUGGCCGUGUUCAACCCCACGUCAGAAGACAUCAAGGUUUGGUGGGAAGUACCUGCCCCCAGUGGCUGCCACAGUCAAGCACGACCUGCUCCUUUCGGCCCUGGAGGCCCGGUUCAAGGCCAGAAAGAAGCAGGAAGAGGCACUGCACGGUUGUCUUCCUUUGGGAUUGCAGGGGGCCGUGCCCAGCACCAGGUCGGACCUGCCUGAUUGCCGCCCCGCUUCCAGGAGCGAGGUUAACCACAACCAGAAACCAACAGUCGAACACAAAACAACAACUGAACUUAGUCUCCAUGACAACAGACUGGCUGAGAUCAGGGCGAUGCRUAGAGUUGGUCUGCGUGGACGGGGAGGUGUCCGUAUGCAGCUAGAGAGAACAGACAUUGACUCGGCUAGCAAUGAUCCGUCCUGCUCCUAUAGUUGUGAUUCAGAGAGACUGAUGGUGCCUCAGGUUAACCCCCUAACAGGUGCUGCCUUCAGCCUGUCUUCUAUAGGAUCUAUCAACUGGAAUAUGGACCCUGCGACAACACAGACAAUCCCUGGCCUUAAUCCUCCUCACACCCUCCUAAUGUUAAACCAGACCUCAGACAAUGCAAGUUCCUCAACAAUAAAUGGCUACACAAGCCCAUUGACAAAUGACCAUAGUAGAGACAGAAUCAGUAAAGGUGGCAGCGCCAAAGAGAAGCGCUUCCGGUGUUUGUUCUGUGGGAAAGCCUUUAGUUUCCCCCAACAGGUGGAGAUCCACCAGAGGAUGCACACGGGAGAGAAACCUUUCGGCUGCCACCUGUGCCGGGCCUGUUUUUCCCGAUCGUCCCACCUGAAGAGGCACCAGAGGGUCCACACAGGGGAGAAACCCUACAGCUGCCCCCAGUGUGAGAAGAGGUUCUCCUCUGCAGUCMAUGAGGACCUGCUGAUAUCUGGCRUUGCUGUACCUAACUUAACCACCCCUUUUUCCUCAAUCACUCUCUCAGGUGAAGGACAUCUCACUGGAGGCCACAGGAGCUUUGUGAAKMCAGCGGRACACAACGCGUGGAGAGAUAACCAACCCAUAGCUAUAGAUGAGGGGAGUGGAACCUCAACCCAGCAGGUUAUCGUAAUAGAGUCAGCAGAUGCAGAGGCUCCAGGUCCUGGGGUCAAGCAUGAGAGGACAGAAGGAGAGGAGGAACCACGGCACAGUAGCGACAUCCAGACUGAAGCAACGGCUGGAGUGGCGCCCCCUGUAGCCAAGGAGGACAUCGCAACUGCCGCCACGCCCCAGGCCAAGACUCAAUGCAGCAUCACGGAGGUCAGUGGAACGCCAAACGACAUCAUCAAGUCAGAGACUUUAACUGUAACACAGAGGCUCUUACACACAGGAUCUGACCACAGAUCAGACCCAGAGAGACUGGUCUGUCCUCCUGCUCCUGGCUCAGAAUACUUACCGGUAUUUCACCAAAGCCAGAGGACGGUUCAUUCCCGUGGAGAUGGUGAUGGURAMGCKUUAGACACUGGCGGUGAUGAUCCGUCUUGUUCUUACACUACAGAGAUGGACCYUGGCAACAURYCCUUKGGUUUAGAGACMCAGACUGAUCUGUCUAGAGGGGACUGGAACCAGUACAGUAGUAGUGUAUACUCUGAAGGGUGCCYAGAUAAGAAAGGGGAGGUUAUAGUGGUGGAUGAGGUGACUGUGAAAGUGGAGGGCGACACUCCUCCCACAUUGAAUGCAGAUCGUCACCUAGGAGAUGGACACUCCCGGGGCAGAGAUUUCUUAGAUUACAGGGGAAGCUUAGAGACAAAUACAAAUUUUGUGACCCACUCCCCUUUACACAGGUUCUGGGAUCACGACCCAGUGUCAACGUCGAUGGCAUCUUCUGAUGUAUUUUUCGAUCAGGUAUUGAACCCAAACGACGAGGCUAGAGCCCAGACUCAGGGAGGGGGAGCAACAUCAGGCAAUAGUAAAGAGAAACUGUUCCUCUGCAUGUUCUGUAACAAAGGCUUCAAUUGCCCCCAGAAGGUGGAGAUUCACCAGAGGGUUCACACAGGGAAGAAACCAUUCAGCUGUACCCAGUGUCACAUGCGCUUUGCCCAGGCUGGCAACCUAAAGAUCCACCAGAGGGUYCACACAGGAGAGAAGCCCUUCAGCUGUACCCAGUGUCACAUGCGCUUCGCUGAGGCUGGCAGCCUGAAGAGGCACCAGAGGGUCCACACAGGGGAGAAAUUAUUCAGCUGUAACCACUGUCAUAUGCGCUUUGCCCAGGCUGGCAACCUGAAGAGGCACCAGAGGGUCCACACAGGGGAGAAAUCCUACAGCUGCCCCCAGUGUGAGAAGAGGUUCUCCUCUAUAGGAUCUAUCAACUGGAACAUGGACCCUGCGACAACACAAACACUCCCUGGCCUUCAUCCUCCUCACACCAUCCUAAUGUUAAACAAGACCUCACACUAUGCCAGUGCCUCAACACUAAAUGGCUACACAAGCCCAUUGACAAAUGACAGUAGUAGUGACGCUAUCAGUAGAUCCGGUGGCAAAGAGAAGCGCUUCCCGUGUUCAUUCUGUGGGAAAGCCUUCAAAUACCCCAAACAGGUGGAGAGCCACCAGAGGAUGCACACAGGGGAGAAACCUUUCGGCUGUCACCAGUGUGAGAAGAGGUUCUCCCACCAGCACCACCUGAAGAGGCACAAGAGGGUCCACACAGGGGAGAAAYCCUACAGCUGCCCCCAGUGCGAGAAGAGGUUCUCACGCCAAGACCUGCUGAAGAUACACCUGAAGGUCCACACGGGAGAGAGCCUGUACGCCUGUUCGCACUGCAAGAAGAGAUUCUCAGAGAGGAGCUACCUCAGGAUACACCAGCAGCAAAUGCACAGGGCCCAUGUGUAUCGGAACCAGGACCCAACCACGAGGGACAGAGACUCCACCACCACACAGAACACAACCAGUGGACAGCCUUCACAGAGAGYGGUGGGAGACKCCCCUGGUGGKAGUCUAWCAGSAAGUCUGUCUUCUCCUUCAGGGUCUCGUCUAAUGCCUGGUGAUUGGGUUCAUAGACAGCCUGGGCCUGGGUCUAGCCUUCCUCAGUCACCUCAUGGUUACCCCACGAAUACAGACCGGGUCAGGAUUGGCGUUCACCACGAGAGUUACCUAGCCUAUAACACAGCACACAAUCCCAACAACACCCAAACAAUGGCUAGAGGUCAAGGAGGGAGCUCAAAGACUAACCACCUGAGGGUGGUGGCUCCUGCUUCUACCUCCUCUGGUGUCAUUGAGUCACAACGUGGGAGGCCGAGCAUUAGGUCGGACGCCGACAAGCCGUACGCCUGCCCCACGUGUGGAAAGCGCUUCGCUGAGGCAAACUAUGUGAAGAGGCACCAGACAGUUCACACCAAUGAAAGGCCCUUCAAGUGCAAACUAUGUUACAAGAGCUUCUCCUUCCUGACUAACCUGAUCAGACAUAGGAGUGUCCACAAAGGRGAGAAAUCGUGGUACCUGUUCCUUUAUUGCUCGCGAGCCAGUCGUCCAAAAAUGUCGAGUCGCCUUGCGUUCCAGACACAGCUAGCUUCCAUUAUGGAGGUAUUGGCCAAUGCAGCCGUGGCAGAAAUCUGCAAACUGGUAGACGACGAUUAUGCGGUUGUAAGUUUGCAAAUGUCACAAUGCCAAAGGGAGAACAAAGGUUUGAAGCGAAAGCUGAAUCUUCUCGAGUUGAAGAUGGCCCGUGGUUACGCCGAACGAAGGCUACGGGAAAGCGCAAUGAACAGCCGUCCCAACAGCAGAGUUCAUAUCAACACCAAUGAGAAAUUCAGAGGUUCGUCUUCAUCAACUGGUGGUGUCUACGACAUACAGCUAGAUCCCAUGGGGAUGUGGUCAGGAGGCCCUGGAGCCAAUAAUAAUCACAACAGUUCCCAGAUGCAUCCCAACCCCAUCCGAGACAAGUCGCCAGAUCUGCAGCUUGUGGAGCCUGAGUCUCUGCUGGUCAAAGAGGAGAGGAUGGAGGAUCCUCUUGGAGACGCGGAGGCAGACGACGUACCACUGAUUGGAGAGGACGGACUGGUGGAGUGUGGACCUCGUGGAGGCAGCGGUAGAACUGGCCCUGGGGACACCACAUCCCAUCCACCCGCUUCAGCCCAUGGCCCAGAGCAGGUCAGCCAGCCUCAGCACCCCGAGCAGCAGCAGCAGGGCCCCAGGAACAGGCAUCGUGUGGAGGUCAGUGGCUCGGCACCUCUCCUUAAGUCUGACAGUGAACCCCAACACGCAGGACUGCUGCACCAACCCCACCCUGCUGAGCUUGAUAUGUACAGUGCUGAUGACGACAGAGGGGACGGUCUGGGGCCGCUGGUCUCGUUCUUUAAUGAGAGCAGCCAGGCAGAGACGGCCGGGGCUGGGCAGCCAUCUUGUUCUUACAGCACAGUCGCCGAGGCCGCCGCGUCGUUUCAGUCCGGGCACCGCCGUCCACUUCCUGCUUCGGUCACUAUCCACCGCCAUCUCCCGGGGAACCGAGAGGAGGUUCUGAACAUUGACUCGGAGGAGGAAGGGAAGGUGCCUCUGGAGAAGUGGGGCCACGACAGUGGAAUGUCUGCAAUGUUUGGGGGAGGCAGGUUCCAAGGUAACCAUGGCAACAUGGCCGCCCCGUCACAAUCUCGCUCCAUCAGUGACAUUGCGAUGCCGUCGACUUCUGACGCGAACGGGUGGGCACACGGCGGCGGGGGCAGAAACACUGGCGGCGGCAACACUGGCUUCCCCCUGACGAGGGACGGCAAGGUCCCCCACAGGACCAGUGCCCGGGAGAAACUGUUCAUCUGCAACUUCUGYGGCAAGGCGUUCAACCGGCCCAAGAAAGUAGAGAUCCACCUGAGGACCCACACAGGGGAGAGGCCGUUCAGAUGCAACACCUGUGGGAAUAUGUUCUCCGAGGCUGGCAACCUGAAGAAGCACCAGAGGGUCCAUACAGGGGAGAAACCCUUCCACUGUGAGCUCUGUGGGAAAGGAUUUGCCUGGAUACGCAACCUCAAGACCCACCACGAGAGGAACCAUCCAGACGUAUAUCCCCCGGACAUGAGCCCUAGUUUUAUCCCACCUGYACCACUGCCCACUCAUAUGGUCAAGUGCCACAAAGAAGAACAUAGGCAAAUUACGGUUGGCCCAGAACAGAGCAGCACGGCUGGCUCUGCAGCGGUGGAGAACAGAGACCCUGACAUCCUGCUGAUCAAGGUGGAGGAUCUGGACCCACGGGGUGGAGGACUCGGCAUCCAGGAGGGGCCGGAGGAGUCCAGCAGAGACAACUACAGAGGAGGAGCAUUACCCCUGGAGGCCACCCACCACAACUCACCCCCAGACCACACCCACCACCACCACCCCGGGACGACCAGGCACCACACCACGGAGGUCAGCUAUGGCCGUGUGUCGUACGAGAACCACCCCCUUCCGCUGUGGACGAAUGGGGGCAGUGGUGGUUGUGGUGACGCUAGCGUCCCAGGGCCGUCCUCCCUCAACCUCUCCUACCCAGCAGGCCAAGGCAUGCUGAUCAUGGGAGGGAGGAUGGGGCCUGCUGGCUCUGAGAUGGGUCAGCACAGGGGUUUCACUGUAGAAAGCUCCGGAAGCUUCUCAGGUUCUAGAGAGGGGUCAGAGAUGGCUGGUUAUGAUGUCGGAAUGGGGGGGUCGGACGAGGCACAGGGAGGUCAGGAGACGUACAAAUGCGGUAGGAAGAAAGUGAUAAGGAAGAAGGCAUACCUCUGCAAGUUCUGCGGUAAAGGGUUCUCCUCCCCGGCGAAUCUAGAACCGCACCUUAGAACCCACACGGGCGAGAGGCCGUUCGGGUGCAUGGUGUGCGGGAAGCACUUCUCUCAAUACUGGAACCUUAAGAUCCACAAGAACGUUCACACGGGGGAGAGGCCGUACGCCUGCCCGCUCUGUGGGGAACGCUUUGCCGACCCUAGCAACCUAAAGAAACACCAGAAACGACAUCAUCCUCAGCAGUAUGUAGUCAGGCCUGCAGCUCCUGAAUCAACUCCAUCAACACUAAGAAUGGGACAGAACCUGGGAAGUAUCACAGCAACAGCAACAGGAGGACCUGACCUGACAGCAGAGUGUACUGGGGAGUCCUCCAGACCCACACUUCCCGCUCCUGACUCAGAAAAAUGUAUUGGAACCACCAGUCCCGCAGCGAGCCUAGRUAAUAAAGCCAAUAUGCCCAAGGGUGCGCCAGACAACACAACUCCAACCCAGACCACACAGCAGCUCAGCAAGCAGAGAGCAGCCAACACGCUAGGCUCUGAGUACUCAAUGUUUGAGCUGGAGACCUUCUUCACKCGCUGGGCCCCAGACACAUCGGCAUCAACAUCGCCCUCCGGUGGUCCCUCGUGCUCCUACACCGACAACACUACAGACACUGACCCAGACUGCCUCAUUGUYGACCCAGAGCCUCAGCCCCGGCUCCYCUCAGCGACUGUCAGGCCCACAGSGGAGGGUGUGYCUUUCUCUGGGCAUCAGGGAGUUCAAGCAGCCACUCUGGGUGUGGGUGGGGGCAUCCAGGGGCAUCCCACAUGGAGCAGGGCAGCCAUUUUGAGAGCGUCUCAACAAGCACAUCAGCGGCAGCUUCAACGACGCCUCAGAGCACAGCAGCUACAACAGACUCACCCAGAAAACCCAACUACCUCCACCACCAAUACUAKUACCGGUAUGUCUUCCCAAUCCCUUCACUCCCUGGUAGGKCUACCRCCAGGRAGAGGGGCCACGGCCAAAGGCUUUGCCCACAUCGAGGUGAMCCUGGCUGGGCARCAGGCAGCCCAGCUGGCCCAGCAGCACUGUGAUGCGGCCGGGAGGAGAAAGAGCUACGUGUGCCGAGCCUGCGGUAAGGCCUUCACCGGUCAGUCCAACCUGGAGGCUCACCAGAGGGUACACACAGGGGAGAAGCCGUUCAGGUGUGCCACCUGUGGGAAGAUGUUCUCAGAGGCUGGCAACCUGAAGAAGCACCAGAGGGUUCAUACGGGGGAGAAACCCUUUGCCUGUAGCCACUGUGGGAAGUGCUUCGCCUGGAUAUGCAACCUCAAGACGCACCAGCAGUCAGUCUGUGGAGAUGGAGGAGGAGGGGUGUGAGGCAUAGAAUUAGAAUCAGUAGACUGGAUGGACAUGGUUAUACAAUCUACAAUAGAAUAUUGCUGAGACAGACAUCAAUGGGAAUUCAUUCUAAUUGUAAUAAUGUGAGACCGACAAUCCCCCAAACCUC